AUGACAUUUGGACAAUUUGUUUCGUCCACAGGGGAAGCUAUUCGUGGAAUUAUACAAUGGGAAGGGCUUCCGAGAGCGAUCAGUGUCGAAUUUCCAUAUGUUGUUGCUUUAUUGCGUAACAACACUAUUGAAAUUCACGAUAUAACUGAACUUAAACUUGUUCAACGCGAAGUCCUUUCGUCAAAAUCAAAAACCAUCUCAACUGGGCCUGGUAUUAAAGUUCAGGUCGCCGGUUUAAUUGAUAAGUUAAAAUUGGAGAGUGGAUAUUUAUUGAAUGAAGAUAAUUCUUCUUCCCAACUAGAUAAUAAUACUUCAUCUGACGUAGAUGGUUUACAAAUUCUCACAGGGUCAAGCAGUAAUCAAUCCAAUUUUUUAGCAACUAUUCCCACUCGACUUAUAAUUGCUGGAAGUGAAUCAGUUGUUGCUUUAACAGCAACACCUUUGAUCGUUCAGGCUGAUUCGAUGUUGGAUUCUUCUGCCCGCAUAGAUGAAGCUGUAGAAUUGGCCAGACAAGCGAUGAAGACAUCAACUCCAGAUAAUGUCCAUAGCGAAAUCAUGCGUCAUGAAUCUAAUUAUAUUCUUCAAAAAUCUGGCUUCCUUUACCUUGGAGAGACAUUGUUUGAAAUGGCCUUCCCACUUUUCGAAGAAGGAGGAAUCGAUCCUCGGUUAUUAAUUCAAUUAUUCGGAAACUUGAGAGAGAUUAUAUGUUAUGAUAAUAAUUUUACUGUUUAUUCCGGCGUUAAAACAAUUAUCAAACGUCUUGGUGCCAUUGAUGAUAUUGUAUCACGUAGCCUUGUUAAGAAUUAUGACCCUCAUAUUAAGCCUGAUCUUGAAUCAUCACACGCUACAAAAGAACUUCGUAAAGUACUCAUUAAGAAUGCAAAAGAGAUGUUACAAAAGUUUCUAACAAAGUAUCGUGAACAACGAAGAGACAAAGGAAAAACUUUGAAGCCAGAUAAAAGAAAUAUUUUGAGGGCUGUUGAUAACGCUUUACUUAGGUUAUACGCUGAAUCUAACUCCGAACAAUUAAAUUCUUUAUUAGAAAAUUCUAAUGAAUGUGUGUUGGAACUUAGUGAAAAAAUUUUAUUUGAUAACAAGAAAUAUUAUCCUUUGGCUUUACUUUAUAAAGACAAUAAAGAAUACAAAAAAUCAUUGGAAUUAUGGAAAAAAAUUUUUGAAGAAGAUCAUCCAGACAAGGAUGGCCCUAAUUGUUUAAAACAAAUGGCAAAUUUGCUUAGAAAGUUGGAUGAUCAUGAUAUAGUAUUAGAAUAUGCUAAUUGGAUUACCAAACAUGACGAAGUCAUUGGAGCCCAGAUAUUUAUUCAACCUAAUUUAAGGCGAUCUCUAUUGAUUGAACCUAGUUUGGUCUUGGAUCAAUUAAGAACGGUUGGUAAAAACGGACUUAAAUUAUACUUGGAAUAUUUGGUCAUACAGCGAAAAAGUCAAGAAGAACAGCAUCAUACAGAACUGGCACUCUUAUACGUAGAAGAAUUAGAAACAAUACUGCAAUCGAAUGAAGCGAAAGAAGAUUUAUUAUCACAAGGAAGAGCCACCUUAAUCACUUUCUUACAAUCUUCUACUCGAUAUAAUGCAAAAUUAAUUUUGAAUAAAUUGCUUGAAAUUCAAAUAUUAAAAGCUGAGUUGGCUGUCGUUUAUGGAAAGUUGGAUGAUCAUGAGAAAGCUUUACAUAUAUUAGUCGAUGAUUUAAGAGAUUAUCGUGGUGCCGAAUUCUAUUGUCUCUAUGCUGGUCGAAUGAUUGGUAUCAUAUCAGCUAAGAAGCAAUCGGAUAACAAAUCUAUUGAAGAUAAGGAUUUGAUUUCUACAAGACGUACUUUAUUCUCAAUGUUAUUAAAAGUUUAUCUUCAAAAUGGAAACGAAAUUAUUGAAAAAAUAAUAAAUUUAUUGAAUACACAUGCGGUGUAUUUGGAUACCAAUGAGGUUAUGGAAUCAUUACCGGAAUUCUGGUCAGUUGAAAUGUUGAACGAAUUUUUGAUUCGUUCAUUAAGGCAAAAUUAUCAUGAGUAUAGGGAAGGUCAAAUUCUAAAAGGAUUGUGUCGUGGCGAGAACACCAUGACGAGUUUUGAAUUAUAUCAAGCAUAUCAAGCAAUUGGACCAAUUGUAAUAAAUCAAAAUGUAUCAUGUUCAAUAUGUAAAGAGUAUAUCAGUGGAUCAGAUUUUAUGAGACAACCAAACAAUGAUAUUGUACACGUCAAUUGUAAUAAUUCUGAGCAUAGAGAGAGCAAUACAGCAGUUUCAGAUCCCUUGAGCAAUCAGACAUAG